CAUGAUCUAGAAAAUCCUUUAUAGAAAAAGUGAAUGAGAGGGCAACUUGGUAAAAGGGCAAUGGGCAUUGUAUUGAAAUGGGGAGAGGUUAAAAAGGAUUUGUCAUCAUCAAAUUAGUUUUGUGCAUAUGUCAUUGAGGAGAGAAUGGGUGUAACCGAUUACCCAUUGCUUUCUCUUCUACCUGUUGGAAGAUGAACAAUGAGAAUCUAAGAAGAGGUUUUUCCUUCUAAGAAACUUGUUCUUCCUUCGAAUUUGGUUCUUUUCAAUAAUGGGGUUCUCUCACAUUUCGAUUCCCAUCGUCCUCCACAAAAACACAAGGUUCUGGGUCCUUUGAUUUCGCUUUAUAUAAUCUGGGUUCCUUUACUUUCUUCACCUUUCUUUCUCAAUUUCUCUGUAAUGGGCUGUGUUAUGGGAAAGUGUUGUACUUCCAGCCAUUACCCGCCGUCUACCGACGGCGAUAUCUCACGAUUUGGUGAUGCUCCACCGUGUAGUUUACAUGGAAAGCAUAUACUAACGGGAAGGACAUUGGAGUCUGUUCGUGUGCCUUCUCAUAUGUACAAUUUGGAGUACUCGCUCUUGACCCAGCGUGGCUACUACCCCGAUUCCCCUGAUAAAGAAAACCAAGACAAUUUCUGUGUUAGUACACACAUUCAAGGUAACCCAAAUGUUCAUAUCUUUGGUGUUUUCGAUGGUCAUGGUCAAUUUGGAAUGCAGUGUUCGAAUUUCGUUAAGGAUAGGGUUGUGCAAUUACUCUGUAAUGACUCUAGAUUGUUGGAAGAUCCCGUUAAGGCUUAUAAUUCCGCAUUUUUGACUGCGAAUGAUGAAUUGCGUAAUAGUGAGAUUGAUGAUUCCAUGAGUGGUACAACAGCCAUUACUGUUCUUGUUAUUGGGAAUACUCUUUAUGUUGCCAAUGUGGGUGAUUCGAGGGCGGUAGUGGCUGUUAAAAAUGGGAAUCGAAUUGUGGCUCAGGAUAUGUCUCAUGAUCAAACACCAUUUAGGAAGGAUGAGUGUGAGAGAGUAAAGCUCGCCGGGGCGAGGGUUUUGACAAUUGAUCAAAUUGAGGGGCUUAGAGAUCCGGAUAUUCAAGUUUGGGGUGAUGAGGAGAGUGAGGGAAAUGAUCCUCCUCGAUUGUGGUUUCCUAAUAGUUUGUAUCCUGGUACUGCAUUUACACGGAGUGUAGGAGACAGUACAGCAGAGAAGAUUGGUGUCAUUGCUGUCCCUGAGGUUUCAGUUGUUCAACUGACUCCAAACCAUCUUUUCUUUGUCAUUGCAAGCGAUGGAGUUUUCGAGUUCCUCACAAGUCAAGCUGUUGUUGAUAUGGCUGCAAGGUAUAGUGAUCCACGGGAUGCAUGCUCUGCUAUUGCUGGAGAAUCAUAUAAGCUAUGGUUGGAGCAUGAAAACCGGACAGAUGAUAUAACAAUCAUCAUCGUUCACAUCAAAGGCCUCUCUAAUUCAGGUGGUUCUGGAACCGUUGGGCUGAAUGGGGUCUGCAUAAGGCAUUCAAAUUCAGAGCGGGGCACCUCCGAGAUAUCGGCUACCACCGGAACUUCAGAGGUCUUUCGCUCCUUCAGAAGUGAUUUCUCAGAUCUGCACGUCUCUCAGCAUGUGGGUUUGAUGAACAGGAGCACAGCAAUUGUCGUUCCAUCGCCUGCGCAGCACCGACCAUUAGAAGUGGAAGUGGGCUAAUGGGAGGGUAUGCCAUCCCCUCGCUGCUGAAAAAUUUGUUCGUUUCGCUUGUAAUGAAGCUCUUUUACUGUCAGCGUUGCUAGUAACAACACUAACCAGAAGAGUAUGUAUGUCCAAGGAGAAGAACAUAAUCCUCUCCGCUUCUAUCUUAGAAUUGCUCCAAGCCUAAUUCUAACGAAGCUACGAAACUAGACAACCGAAAUAAAAUUAUCGUAUUAUCAGAAAUGGCGACGACGUGCAUGAUUGCAGAAAGGCAAUAUGAGAAAUCAACUAUGUAUUCUAUCGAAUGAAAUUGCAUUGGUGGUGGUGGUGGUGGUGGUGGUUUGGUUUCUUAGAUUCCGGUAAAUUCCACUCUUAUCUCUUAUAUUGUUUGUGAAGGCCUUCUCCUGAAUUUAGUUGCAAUUGGUAUAUAUGAUGAAAUGUUGUACAGAGAUUAUUGACUCCAUUCUGGUAAUACUAAUAACAUAACUUGUUGUACAUGAAAAAUAGAACUCUUCCCUUUGCUUCGGAUUUCGAUUGAAAAGAUGUUUGGUCGGUUUCUCGUGUCUUCUGAAAGUCUAGUUGGUGACUUAUAGUAAGUUUGAGUCGACUUUUUCCCGAA